UGAGCGAAUAGAUAAUUUUUAUCUCCUUUCCUUGAAAUUUACCGUUUUGCAUCCGCGGUUUUUUACUUAUCGUCUUUUAUGGCAAGAUAAAAUGCACCCAAUCGGAUAUUAGUCUGGUAUAUAAGUUUCGUAUUCGAGUAACAAAUUGUCAUUAUUGUGAGAAACGUUCAAUAAAAAUGUUCAACCGCCACUUCUCAGUCUUGUGUUUAUUAGCGAUAUUCGCGUACUGUUCACCGAGUCGUGCAGAUGUUUUGUCGAAAUCAACCGAACAACGACUUUUAGGCGCUGCGAAUGCACCAACCAAUACCAAUAGUAAUUCAGUGGCUUCGGUUCGAUAUUUAACUUCUCAGUUGAGUCAACAUGUGUGUGGAGGGUUUAUAAUAAACAAGCACUGGAUCGGAACUGCCGCUCAAUGUUUAACGGGGAAAACGGUAAACAAUACCGUUGUUGCUGUCGGAAGACCAACAAUCUCUGGAGGGACAAUCCAUUCCGUAGAUCGAAUAGUGAUGCACGAAAACUAUGACUCGGUGACGUUCGCAGAUGAUGUUGGCUUAUUAAGAACAGCGACCGAAAUUAUUUUUUCAGCAGCCGUGCAGCUGAUUCCUCUUGGCGCUCCCAUUCUGACUAGUUACACCGCAAAUAUGUAUGGAUGGGGGCGUAUAACAGCGGCCGGUGGUUUGUCAGAAACUAUGAGAAUGCACCCUUUCACUACAGUAGAUCGAGCCACUUGUUUGAGCAGAUUUCCAGUAGUUGCCAGAAAAUUUAUCACCGAACGACAUAUUUGCUUUUGGAAUAAUGUCGGUGCCACUUGUCCAGGAGAUGCUGGUGGACCUAUUAUUUUCAACGAUGCAGUGGUUGGUAUUAUUUCAUGGGUAGAGCCUUGUGUUGCAGGACAGACGACCGUUAAUACAAGAAUCAGCUCUUAUAUUAACUGGAUUACCAGCUUUACAAAUGAUGACAACUAAUUUUUCUACCAUUUUUUGCGUUACACCAAGGCAGUCUUGGUUCCACCAUAUGAUCAAUAAGUGAUUUUGACUAACAUGAAACUACAUUAAAAUGAAAUUAAUAAAUGUUCAG